AUGAUUGAUUCUCAAUCAAAUGAAAACAAAGGAAGGUUGAAAAAUGAACAUGACAAGGAACUUUUACAAUCAGAUAUUGAUAGAUUGGAAGAAUGGUGCGACGCUAAUGAGUUAGAGUUGAAUUCUACAAAAUGUUCUACAAUUACAUUUAACAGAAAAAGGAAGAUUGGAAUUCGACAAUAUCAGAUUGGUGGAAGAAACAUAGAUAUGGUGCAAGUAAUAAAAGAUUUGGGAGUGGAUAUCAACAGCUCCAUGAGAAUACUUGAUGGAUCAGUGGAAAGCAGCGAGUUCUUAGCUUCUCUCAACUUCAAUACAAACAUGUUAAAAGCAAGGAGCGCUCCAUUAUUCAAAUCUGUAUCUCAACAUAAAACUGACUAUGGAAGAAACAACCCAUUGGAGAGACUGAUACGGGAAUUCAAGCAAAUUCAACAUGAAUUCGACUUUCACUUAACGAAAAAUAACUUUAAAACAAAUCUAGUCAAAAAUCGAAAUUGA